AGUUUCUAUUUCCUUAUCCUGUGGGCUGGUCUCCAGGGUAACAGAACCUCUUCCUUUGGGCCUGGCUCUCUGCCCACUGAGCCAGCCAGUUCUUUCCCCAGUUAAGUUAGAAUGAGGGACUAAACAUUCCCUUUUACACUGGCUAUAAAGGCACUAAUGGCCAGGGAGAAGGCAGAGAGUGAAGAGGAGUUCAAGAGGGCUCCCUGGAGGAGGGAGCCUGGAGUGCCCGGGAUGGCCUUGGAGAGGGACAGACUGCCAGGCCAGGAGGUGGUGACAUUCAAGGAUGUGGCUGUGGACUUCACCCGGGAGGAGUGGCGCCUCUUGUCCCCUCCCCAGAAGGAGCUCUACAAGGAGGUGAUUCUGGAGAAUGCCCAGAACCUGCUCUCUGUGGGGAUUCCAGCUGCCCCAGAAGACAUGAUCUCUUAUUUGGAGCAGAGGGAAGCCCUGUGGAUGCUGGAGCAAAAAGGCCUGAGGAGCUGCUGUCCAGAAGGAGAGAACAGACCCCAAAUCAAGGCGAAUCACACAGAGGUGAACCUUCCUGUGGAUGAUAUGGACUUACAAAGAUUCAUGGGUGAUGAUCCUGAUAACAUUGCUUUCAGAGAAUUCUGUGUUGCAUCUCAAAAUUCAAAUCAUAUUGAACAUAAAAGAAUUCACACUGAAGAAAUAUCUAGUGAAAGUAAUCAGCUCAGAAGGAUUUUUAUGCACAGGGUCAGUCCUGCUGGACAGCAGAGAAUUCACCCUGGGAAGAAACUUUAUGAAUGCAAGGAAUGUCAAAAGACAUUCACAUGUAACUCCAAACUUACUGUACAUCAGAGAAUCCACACUGGGGAGAAACCUUAUGAAUGCAAGCAAUGUGGAAAGGCAUUUGCAUAUAAAUCCUAUCUUGCUAGACAUCAGAGAGUCCACACUGGGGAGAAACCUCAUGAAUGCAAGAAAUGUGGAAAGGCAUUUACAGAUAAAUGCUGUCUUGCUAGACAUCAGAGAGUCCACACUGGGGAUAAAACCUAUGAAUGCAAGCAAUGUAGAAAGCUAUUCCGAUAUAAAUCCUCUCUUGCUGAUCAUGAGAGAAUCCAUACUGGGGCAAAACCUUAUGAAUGCAAGCAAUGUGGAAAGGCAUUCAGUCAAAGAUCCCAUCUUGCUACACAUUGUAGAGUCCACAUUGAGGAGAAACCUCACAAAUGCAAGCAAUGUGGAAAGGCAUUUACACGUAACUACUCUCUUGCUAUACAUCAGAGAGUCCACACUGGGGAGAAACCUUAUGAAUGCAAGCAGUGUGGAAAGGCAUUCAGCAAGAGUUCUUAUCUUGCAUGUCAUCAAAGAAUUCACACUGGAAGUAAAACUUAUGAAUGUAAACAAUGUGGAAAGACAUUCAACAAGAGCUCUAAUCUUGCUUUUCAUCAAAGAAGUCACACUGAGAAGAAAAAUUACGAAUGCAAACAAUGUGGAAAGACAUUCCCAUAUAAAUCCUCUCUUGUUACACAUUCUAGAAUCCACACUGGGGAGAAACCUUAUGAAUGCAAGCAGUGUGGAAAGACAUUCCCAUAUAAAUCCUCUCUUGCUAUACAUCAGAGAAUCCACAUUGGGGAGAAACCUUAUAAAUGCAAACAAUGUGGAAAGGCAUUCAUUCAAAGAUACUGUCUUGUUACACAUUGUAGAAUCCACACUGGGGAGAAACCUUAUGAAUGCAAGCAGUGUGGAAAGGCAUUCCCAUAUAAAGCCUCUCUUGCUAUACAUCUGAGCAUCCACAUUGGGGAGAAACCUCAUGAAUGCAAGCAAUGUGGAAAGGCAUUUGCAUAUAAAUCCUCUCUUGCUAUACAUCAGAGGGCCCAUGCUGGGGAGAAAUCUUAUGAAUGCAAACAGUGUGGAAAGACAUUCAGACAUAAGUCCGUCCUUGCUGUACAUCAGAGAGUCCACACUAGGGAGAAAUCUUAUAAAUGCGAACAAUGUGGGAAGACAUUCAGUUGUAAUUCCAAACUUGCUGUACACCAGAGAAUCCACACUGGGGAGAAACCUCAUGAAUGCAAGCAAUGUGGAAAGGCAUUUAUAUAUAAAUCCUCUCUUGCUAUACAUCAGAGAGUCCACACUGGGGAGAAAUCUUAUGAAUGCAAGCAGUGUGGAAAGAUAUUCUCAUAUAAAUCCUCUUUUGCUGUACAUCAGAGAAUCCACAUUGGGGAGAAACCUUAUGAAUGCAAGCAGUGUGGAAAGGCAUUCAUUCAAAGAUCCCAUCUUGUUGCACAUUGUAGAAUCCACACUGGGGAGAAACCUUAUGAAUGCAAGCAAUGUGGAAAGACAUUCAACAGUAGUUCUCAUCUUGCUCGUCAUCAAAGAAUUCACACUAGGAAGAAACCUUCCGAAUGCAAACAAUGUGGAAAGGCAUUCAGAUGUACCUCCAAACUUGUUGCACACGCAGAGAAUGCACACUGGAGAGAAUCCUCAUUAAUGCAAGCAAUGUGAAAAGACAUUCCCAUAUAAAUCCUCUCUUGCCAUACAUUACUGAAUGCACACUGGAGAGAAAUCUUAUGAGUGCAAGCAGUGUGGAAAGACAUUCCCAUAUAAAUCCUGAAAUCUUAUGAAUGCAAGCAAUGUGGAAAUGCAUUCAAAGAUCCCAUCUUGUUACACAUUAUAGAGUCCACACUGCGGAGAAACCUUAUGAAUGCAAACAAUGUGGAAAGAUUCAGAUGUAACUCCAACCUUGCUGUACACCAGAGAAUCCACACUGGGGAGAAACUUUAUGAAUGAAAACAAUAUGGAAAGGCUUUCAGUCAUAACUCCUCUCUCUCUGUACAGCAAAGAAUCCAUACUAAGGAGAAACAUGAAUUAAAGCACUGUGGAAAGACAUUCACAUAUAACUUUGAACUUUCUGUACAUCAGAGUCCACACUUAUAAAUGCAAGCAGUGUGGAAAGACAUUCAGCCAGAGUUCUCAUCUAGCUCAUCAUCAAAGAAUUCACACUGGGAGGAAUCCCUCAGAAUAAAAGUGUUAUAAGGAAUUGAACAGGAGGGGGUGCUGCAAAGGCUGAAGCAGGCACAUUCCAGAAUUCUGGAGAAGCAGCAGGACUGUUCUUAUUACAGUUAAUCAGGAGGUUGUGUUUGUCUAGUCUCCUAGGGUGGACCUGGUGAACUAGCUGUUCUCUCUCUAAUGGCUUUCCUUGUGAUACUUCUUACUAACUACCUAUUCCUGUAUAUCUUUGUUGAUGCUGACUGAAACAUUCCUACAGAGCUGCUUGAGACACCUAAAGCCAUCUGUCAGUGAGACCUUCCCUUUGAGCCCUGUUCCUGCUCAUCUGUCAAACCUUACUACCUCUGUCACCAUAUAAGGGGAAUUUGAGUUACUGAAGUGUAUUUUAUUUUAGGAACUGGAACUCUUAAAUAGAGAGGUAAUGGACAGUGCAGAUACCAUCUCUCUGAAUCUACCAAUUUGAUUUUAUUCGAGGUUCGUAUAUAUUCUUUAUAUAGAUCAUCAGAAUUCUCUUCCCUUCCUUCCCCAAUUUUCAAUAAAUCUGUUUCAAUAGUAUUUGGUAUCAUGUAAGCUUUAUCCUGUUCACCUUCCCCAACCCUAUGUCCAUCUGAUACUAGUUCUAAACAGUCAUUCCUUGACUUUCUAAUAUCCCAUUACCAUCAGGUAUCUUUCUAGAAACAAUUAUUUUAGAUAUAUACUGUUAUUUUACAAGCUAUGUUAAAAGAUGUUCACUUGCUUCUCCAGGCUUGCUAUUAUGUGAAGGAAAUAUAACCUACCACCUUUCUGUUGAAGCAUACCAAGCAUGAGCUUAAACUUGACUCAGCGGUGAGGAUUGUAAGAUGUAAUUCAUUGAGUGAGGUUAGGAUGUGUGAGAUUUAAAAUGGUUGAGGUCUUAAAGUGUAGUGGUUAAAAUAGUGGAAGAUAUAAAUUGUGAUAGAUAUAAGAGAGGGUGAAUAAGUUUGACCACAGAAAUAUGUUUCACUACAGUGUCUUGGGUUUAAAAUCAAAUAUAAGGUGGUCGCCAGGGAAAUAUUCCCAAUUAUUCAAAUACCCAAGUCAAUUGGGUUUUAUAGAGAUUUUAAUUAACAAUACAAUGAGUAAUCAAAGAAAGUGAGAGAGAGUAAGAAAGGAGUAAGUAUGAAGAGCCUCAAGCUAAUAUGACCUAGACCUGAGUCUUAAAAAAGAAAUCAGUCAGUUUUUUAUAACUCACCAUAAGAUCUGUCUAAGUAAGGAUUUCUAAUGACACCAGGCCAGCAGCAUCUCAGCUGCUUUCACCAGCUCCCUCUUCAAUCUGAAUGUUUUAGAAUCAGUCUCCUCGGAAUGAGUCUCUCCAAUCUGAAUGUUUCAGAAUGACUUUUCUCAGAGGAGCUCCUCAAGGAGCUCUCCUUCAGAAUGAGAAUCAGAAACCAGAUCUCUCGCUCUUCUCUGAGCUCCUAUUUUUAAGGGCAAAAUUUCCUCUGUCACCUCCCCUAAGUCCUUACAUCUACCAAUCACUGUAGAUGUUUCUAAAGGACUGCCCAUUUUUAGUCCACACCUAAGAAGGUGUGGAUUUUUGAGUAAUUCACACCAGGAAAGCUCUGAGUAAGUUUUCCAGUUCUUUGUUCCUUGUAAAUUUACAAGUUGCUUGACCUUUAUAGGUACUUAGCUUAAGAAAAGUAUGGGUUUAAGUACUUUUCAUUGUUCAGAAAAGAGUUUACAACUUUAUCUUCCCCUAGGGCAGACCCAACUAGGUAAAGUAGAAUUCUCACAUUCCUGCUUUAAGUAGAGUUCACUGCCCAAAUGGGGAAUGGUCUUAAUCCAAUCUUAUAAAGUAGGGUCUGGGAAAUUUUAAGGUUUAUAGAUGGCAGGCGGGAUAAGGCAACAAUAGAGUCAACAUCAUGAGACAAGGGCAGGGUGAGUCUUCUGCUCUGCUCCCUUGGACUGCCCCUCUGGGCAGCCCAAGCAAAAUAGAAAGCCACAGAGGACUCCUGAGAAGUGAUUUGUGAGUUAGUGGGCAGAGAAAAGUUUUGAUAAACUGAAGCUAAAGUAGAUAACGAAGCUCAUCUCUUUCAGUUGUUGCUGUCUGAACUUCCCUGUGAGCAUGACUAGAGCACCCUAAUGGGGGCCACAGAAUAUCAAGCUAAUUGGAGCAAUGAGGAAAGUGUGUCUCUCCUAUGAUUUCAUGACCAAAUAAGAAAUUGAUAACAUUAUUAGGUGUAAAAUAGGAAAUUGAUAUAUUAAAUUCAAAGUGGUGUGUACAAACAAAAGGAAUACACCAAGAUUACAAGUGGAAACAAGAAGUUAUCAUUGCUUUACAACAAUAUGUCUAGUUAAAUACUUUAGUUUUAAAAAAGUCUAACCUUGUUCUUAAAUGCCUUAAGUCAUCACUUCAUGGCAUCUAGAUCUAAAGAGGAGUUAAUUUAGUAAGGAUAUAAUGUCUUUGCUCUAUAGAAAUCACUUCUAAUUAGUAUCAUUUUCUACAUAAUGUUUUCCCAAAAUUCCUACAAAGCAAAAAUUAAAAGUCAAAGUUACAUUGGGGAUUUCAAAUAUGAAAUAAAAUUAUUGCUAUUCCAAUGAUUUUUAUUCAUUUGUAUGCAUUAUCAAAAUGAUUAUUUUACAUAGAAAAUCACACAUUUAUCAUCUUGAUACUCUGGACUGAUUGCAUUGAGAGGUCAGUGAUACAUAAGUGAUACAAUUACACUUAGUUGUAAAAUUUCUAAACCUAUCACUUAUAUAUUAUGUCUUAAGCCUAUUUUGCAUUAAGGUCUGUGUUAUAUAUAUGGCAAAAAUUUGUCACAGCAGUACAGAACUCCAAGCCAAAUAGGUUUGUUGGGAGGCCAUACUCCCAAUAAAGGUGGACCCUGGUCAAAUCAAGAGCAGAGACUCUGAGCCUUAGGAGAUAGCCUUUUUUUAAUACCUAGAAAUCUGAUUGUUCAAUGACAGAAAAUACAGUCACAAUAAAGAGAAUGGAUGCAAAA